GGAGGGGUUCCAAGUGACAGUUGCAGAUACUGAGCAAUGUUAAGGUGUGAUUGAGAAAGUUGGAGGCAGAAAAUUCAGUUGAAGCUCAGGAAAUUAAGCAAGCAUCAAGUAACGAACGCUAAAUUCAAAGUAUUUCAGCAGCUUCUGCUUUGUACCUGUUUAAACAGACUCGGUCCAUCAGCGACCUGCUGUCUUGCUCUAUCUCAGCGGAGACAUCAAGUGGAGAUGUUGCCCAGACUUUGGAUUGGGACGACCGCUCUCCUGUUUCUUGCCUCGUGCAUCUUGUGUACAAACCCAGGCUUGAAAGUGAGAGUAACGCAGAAAGCGUUGGACUAUGGACGAAGGGUUGGGAUCGGUGUGUUGCAAACGAAGUUGCGAGAGAUGCGCAUUCCAAAUAUGAGUGGUAAAAAGAGAGUAAAGUAUAUCGGCAAAAUAAAAUUCUCUGUCAAAUCGAUACGCAUUUACAAGUUGGGUUUACCGCAGUCUACUCUGAAAUUCUCUGCUGGCCGGGGCAUUCAGCUCUCCAUCACAAAUGGUUUCAUUGGCGUGAAGGGUGACUUUAGAGUUAAAAAGUUCUUUUUUCGGACGAGUGGAUCAUUUGACGUGUCUGUGAGUCGUCUGUCAAUAUCACAGACGAUAGGAAUGACCCGUGACAGCACUGGCCGCCCAGCUCUCCAAAGCCGUGCCUGCUCAGCCAAUAUUGGGAAAGUACGGGUCAGGUUCACCAAAAGAAAACGAUGGUUGUAUAAUCUGUUCCGCAAAUUCCUCGAGAAACCCAUUCGGAAAGCUCUUACCAAACAGAUUUGUCCUAAAAUCUCCAGUGCACUCCGUGGGUUGGAAAAGAAUCUAAAGAACAUGAAAAUAAGGUUCAAAAUUAACCCAUUUGCUGAGGUUGACUAUUCACUGGUUAAUCAAAUUAAAAUUUCAAAUAACGCCAUGGACCUGGAUUUUAAGGGUCAAUUCUACAGAGUGGGAAAAAAUAAAAAUCCUCCCUUCAAGCCACCUCCAAUCAGCCUUCCCAGUCAGUCCAGUCGCAUGUUGUACUUGGGAAUAUCUGAUUUCCUUGCUAACUCAGCAGGAUUUGUGUAUUAUGAAGCUGGGAUCUUACAAAUGAAAAUCACUGAUAAAAUGAUUCCGAAUAUAUCGCCUGUCAGAUUAAACACAAAGUCCUUCAGUGUAAUCGUACCUCGGCUGGCAAAGCUCUAUCCUAACAUGCCAAUAGAAUUGCGCCUGCGAGCCACUCGAUCGCCAGUUCUGAAGGCUGCAAAAAAACACAUCAACGUUCAAGCAUUUGGAGCAUUUGACGUGUGCGCAGUCCUGCCAAAUUCAACCCUCGCAUCACUUUUUGUCCUGAAUAUUCAAGCGAGUGUCUCUGCUCGUGUGCGUAUCGCUCAGAUGAAACUGAUUGGAUCCGUACAACUGAAUAGCCUGAAAUUGACUCUGGGUCGUACUAAUGUUGGCCCUGUUCCGGUGGCUAGUCUGCAACUGAUAAUGAACCUUGCAGUAAAGUUUGCGGUGUUACCAGGCGUCAAUGUGAAACUGGCCAAAGGUGUUCCACUUCCAAAUGUGAAAAAAUUAGUUUUUAUAAACCCCCGUCUUGAUGUGAACAAGAAUAUUCUUGUGAUUGCAACUGAUGUUCGAUAUCGUCCAUAACCAGCGGACACUCUCAGCCGAGACUUUGAUGGGAAAGAAAACUGGGCAUACAGACGGCUUUGAUUACGUAAAAUGAUCUGGCCAUUUAUUAAGAUGAGAUUGUGUAUAAGGCCGCUGUUUCAAUUUACAGCAUUUUUUCAAAUAUAAAUUUCUAGCUUGAUGGCUUCUAAUCUGGUAUAUUGCAAAAAAUAACUAUUGGUAAAUUCUAUAUGCUGAAGCUUUUUUGCUUAUUUCCAAAUGCAAAAAGAGAUUAAAUGUCUGAAAUCUUCCUGCAAACAUAAAGCAAUGAUAAGCAAACUAAGAGGAACCAAGCCUUUCUUCGAACAAGUGAUAGCAAACGUUAAACUUCACUGCUUUUCAUCAGUACCUUUUUUUGAAAAGGGAUUUGUGAGAAACUUUUUGGUGAUUUGUAACAGUUUUCAUUUAAGCUUGCCAAAUUGCUAAUAAAGCGCAAAUUCUUCACUA